CUCUCAAUUCAAUUAAGAAGGGGAAAGGAAAAAAUUAGCAUAAGAAUGGGCUCUCGUUUAUCUUUUUCUUGCAUGGUUUUGACAAUACUGUUUAUGAUUUUCUCAAGCUUGCCAUGCCAAGCACAACUUUCUUCCAACUUCUAUGACAACACGUGUCCUAAUGCGCUGAGUACUAUUAGGUCAGUCAUUGAUACUGCAGUCUCGAGGGAGCAGAGAAUGGCUGCUUCUCUCAUUCGCCUUCAUUUCCAUGAUUGCUUUGUUCAGGGUUGUGAUGGCUCCAUUUUGCUGGAAGAUACAGCGUCAUUUACUGGAGAAAGAACUGCUCGAAACAAUGACCAAUCUGUGAGAGGAUUCGAAGUCAUAGAUGAUGCCAAGGCUCAAGUGGAGAGCAUAUGUCCUGGAAUUGUUUCUUGUGCCGAUAUUCUUGCAGUCGCAGCUCGCGAUUCAUCUGUUGCAGUUGGUGGUCCAUGUUGGACAGUAAAUCUUGGAAGAAGAGAUUCUACCACAGCUAGCAGAACUCUAGCUGAUAGAGACCUUCCUGCAUUUACAGAUAGCCUCCCCAUACUCAUUUCUAAGUUCGAAAACAAAGAUUUAAAUGAAAGAGAUCUGGUUGCCCUUUCAGGAGCGCAUACAAUUGGACAAGCUAGAUGUGUGACCUUCCGUGGUAGGAUUUACAACAACGCAAGUGAUAUUGAUCCUGAUUUUGCUAGCACCCGACAAAGCCAAUGUCCAACUGACAGUAAUGGUGAUGGAAAUCUUGCACCACUUGACUUGGAGACACCCAAUACUUUCGACAACAACUACUACUCGAAUCUUAUUGCAAGAAGAGGACUUCUUGAAUCAGACCAGGUGCUUUUCAGUGGUGGAUCUACAGAUAGCAUUGUUAAUGAGUACAGCACAGACUCUUCAUCUUUCAAUUCUGAUUUUGCAGCUGCCAUGGUUAAGAUGGGAAAUAUAGAUCCACUUACUGGUUCUCAAGGAGAGAUUCGCAGGGUUUGCACUGCUGUCAACUAA